AUGAACACGGAUGAUACGUCGAUACGUUAUAUGCGAGUGCCCGUUGACGAUAACGAAAGCGCACAGACUGCGACGGCAUCGACGUUUAGGGGCGACCAUACUAGCGAGUCGGCGACUGCGCCAUCGCUCGAAAUCGAUCGAGACGAAAACGAGGAGGGACUCGUUGACGCCCCAGCCGAUCAACAGGUCUCCGAUCGCGUUAUAUGGGUUGGCCUUUUCGCAUCUAUAAUAUUUUGUAUUGUCAGUAUUCAUGUCGUGUUUGGUGAUCUUAUUCCAGCAUACGCUACUGUCCUUGCUGUUGCUAUGGCGCUCCUUUUAAGUGUCAUGGGUGUUCGCGCUCUUGGCGAAACAGAUCUGAACCCGGUUUCUGGUAUCAGUAAAUUGGCUCAGCUUUUCUUUGCCCUUGCAAUCCCCGCCUCAAAUAAGGCAACAAUCCUCAUCAACCUCAUUUCUGGGGCCAUAUCAGAAGCUCGAAUAAAGGGUGCACUCCAGGCAGGUGAGCUCAUGCAGGAUUUAAAGACUGGCCAUCUCCUAGGCGCCGCACCUAAAGCACAAUUCUGGGGCCAGAUUAUCGGUGCUACCGUUGGCGCCGUUGUGAGUGCUUUCAUCUAUCAACUUUACACAUCGUGA